AUGCCUCCGGCUCGCACCGCCGCCGUCAAGCACGCGCGGCAGGAGCGCUCGAUCUCCAACGGCCAGUACUACGUCCUGCUGAUCGCGUCGCUGCUGCUGCUCGCGACCGCCUCGUUCCGCGUCGCCUACCUGGCGCUGGAGGCGAUCACACACGGGCUGCGCUGGAGCCGGCUGCUCUGGUCGUCGCAGCACGAGGAGUUCCGCGUCUGGACGGGGAUGGUGUGCUCCGACCCGUGGCAGGCGGAGACGGUGCUUUGCCAGGCGGCGGGCGGGUCGUGGCUCGCGCGGGAGCUGAUCCGGGCUAAGCUGGCCACCGCCGAGGAGGACCAUUGCGGCCUCGACGCGCGCGCGGACGGCUGCCGCUUCGCGCCGUGCGCGGAGCGAGGCCUCUCGUCGGUGCUGCUCGGGCUGGCGGACUCGCGCUCGCCGCUCAACAACCCCUUCGACAAGCUGUACGAGCAGCGCCUCUUCACACCUGCAGCCGUGAGCAGGCGCUCGCCGCUCAACAACCCCUUCGACAAGCUCUGCGAGCAGCGCCUCUUCACACCUGCAGCCGUGAGCAGGCGCUCGCCGCUCAACAACCCCUUCGACAAGCUCUACGAGCAGCGCCUCUUCACACCUGCAGCCGUGAGCAGGCGCUCGCCGCUCAACAACCCCUUCGACAAGCUCUACGAGCAGCGCCUCUUCACACCUGCAGCCGUGAGCAGGCGCUCGCCGCUCAACAACCCCUUCGACAAGCUCUACGAGCAGCGCCUCUUCACACCUGCAGCCGUGAGCAGGCGCUCGCCGCUCAACAACCCCUUCGACAAGCUCUACGAGCAGCGCCUCUUCACACCUGCAGCCGUGAGCAGGCGCUCGCCGCUCAACAACCCCUUCGACAAGCACUACGAGCAGCGCCUCUUCACACCUGCAGCCGUGAGCAGGCGCUCGCCGCUCAACAACCCCUUCGACAAGCUCUACCUCCUCGACCGCGUCUUCCACGACUUCCCGUGGGGCGAGCGCGUCGAAGGCGACGGCGGCCGCUGGGGCACCUCCACGCUGCUCCGCUCCGGCACGGACCGGGCGAAGGCGUGGCUCUUCCACAAAGUCGUCUACCCGGCGCUGCGCGAGUGGGGCGUCGUCAUCGGGGGGUCCGCCAUCCCGCCGCCGCGAGAGUGCCGGGCGGGCGGGCUCGACUUGCCGCCCGCCGCGUCGGACCCCUUCUCGACGGCGGCGCAGAAGCUGUCGUCGCUGCCCGAGGCGGUGGCGACAACGGUGGGCGACACCGUCGCAGAGAUGUUCAGCUUCGCGCUCGAGGUGAGCGACUGGGUGACGGCGGCCGAGGCCGAGGCCGAGGAGGAGGACGCGCCAAAUGCGAAUACGUCGGAGAGCGAGGCGGCAGAAAGCGCGCCCCGCCGAAGGGUGAUGCUGGUGCAGCGCCAGCGCUUCCGCGCGGUGCGUUGA